AUGAACAGUUGGGGCUGCGAACCCUACGGCGUAGGAAUGCCAAUGAAUGCAAUGAUGCAUGCGGGAAUGAUGAUGGAGAACAUGAAUGUACCGCCGAUGAACUCUCCUCCGCCAGUACCCCUACCUCUUAUGGGACCCCCGAUUCCCCAUCUAAUGCAGGUAGAACAUCAUGGCAAUGACACUCAUAUUCAAGACAAUCAAGCAAAUGAUGUUUCAAGUUCCCAAAGUCAACAUCGGCGAUCUCGAGAGAAAGGUAAUGGUAGUAACAGGCGGGACAAUCGUGACAAAGAACAAGGAAAAAAUUUGACAGAUCGUAGACACCGCUCCAGGUCACGUGACCGGCAUGACAGGCAGAGCAGGUUCAAUGACAGAAACGACAGGAGUGACAGAAACAGGACGGAUAAAAGCAGAAGCGAGCGUAAAUCCAAAUGGGACAGCAGCCCUAGUGAGAAGCCCCAGGCUUUACUGCCUCUACCCUCCAUGUCCACUACGGCACCCGUCGCACAACAGGGCCAGGCAAUGCCCAUGGGGAACAUGACUCCAGCGCAGAUGAAUAUGGGAAUGAUGCCAGGCAUGAUACAAUACCCCGGUGCAAAUAUGAUGAACAAUAAUAUGAUGAUGAAUAACAUGAUAGCGCCAUCACCGAUGGAAGGGCAACAAAUGAUGAUGCCGAACAUGAGCAUGAUGCCCAAUAUGAUGACAAACAUGAUGGACCAGGGUAUGAUGAUAAUGAAUCCGGCGAUGAUGCAGCCGUUGAUGGCCAACAGCUCUAUAUACAUGAACAGUGGGGUGCUGCUGCCACCAAUCCCAGGUUCAUCAACACCCCAAAGGCGUGACCGUCCCAAAGGUUGUCGCACAAUAUUCGUCGGCGGUCUGCCACCGGAUAUGACGCCCGAUGCCCUUAAUGAAAUAUUCCAACGGUUUGGCAACAUACAGGAUAUCAAAUCGGCCAAGAACGGUGUAUAUUAUGUGCGCUUCGAACGACCAGAGAGUGUGGAGACAACAUUUGUAAUGUCCGGUUACAGGUUCAAGUAUCACGACCAAGCCGACAAUGAUGCUACCAAUAUAUACAUCGACUACGCAAUGAAUCGUGAAGAUCAGGCUGAGCACGACAAGGCUCAACGUAAGAGGGAGCCCACUCCGCCCCGCAUUGAGCCAUUCACGCCCAGCAACCUAAUAGCCAUCUCGGAUAAGAUCAAGAGUGAGACUGAGUUCGCUGAGGCUGCCCCUACUUUAGCGGGAUGGCUGGAACGUGGAGAAUGUAACAAGAAAUUCGCCAACCAGUUCUACUCGCUGAUACAGGCGAGCAACAAUCAGAUAAGGAGACUGUUCAAUGAGAAAAUGCAACUAGACGAAGACUUCCAGAACAUGAAGAUUUCCAUCAGGGACAAGUUCGCACAUGUCGUGACGCAAUUCGAGCAGGUAGCGAAAAUCUUGUCGGCGGCGAAACACCAACGCGUGUCCGACCACUUCACCAAACAGCAGCGCAGGAACAUCGAGAUGUGGCUAAAAAUGACUGAGGAGGUGGAUAACAUAAAAGAAGAAUUUAGUGCCAUUUUUGAUGAGGAAGAUGAUAAACCGAACAAGAAUUCCGUGACCCUUGAGAAGUACGAGGAAUUGAAGAAAGAAAACGAGAAUCUCUCCUACGAGUUGGAAGGCUACAAGAAUGAAGCAUAUCUUGCGAAGGAUGAAGCGGAGAGAAAGUUCGAGAAGUUCAAGGCUCAUUUCAUAGCUCAACAAGCCUUGCAACAAAAAUCGGUGUUUCCACCGUUGCCGCAACCAAAUAUAGAGCCUCCUUUACCACCAUCAAACAUGAAGCCGCAACCUCCACCACCUACUCCGGAUGAUGACAAAGUGCUCCUUUCUGGAUCGUCAGUCCCGCCCACUGAAGCGAAACUUAUAUCAAUCCUAACUGCAUUCCUUAUGGUUCACCCAUUGGGAGCAUCUUUAGACUACCUGGUUUCCUACGUCAGGUCUAUGAAUCCAAAUGUGACUCAAGCGACGGUACUGUCAACAUUACAGAAAUAUAAAGACAUCUUUAACUGUCAAACUACGGGUGUUGGAGCCUGCAUUGAGCAUAGAUGGUAUUUUGUUACCUUUGACAUUAUUAAGAGGGAAAAGUAAAUAAUCUAAAAAGGUUAUAUAAGUGAA